CUCCCCGACUGGGGAGGAGCUGCCGCGGGAUCCGGGUGGCUACCGGCGGCGGUGACGGUGGUUGUGGUGUCAGCGGGGUCGGGUUCGAGGCCAGAACCGGGUCGCAGCGACUUCGGAAGCACAAAGGCCGCGGGCGGCGCCCCCCCUUCCUAGACAGACUGCAGGGCCCGGGCUGAGGGUGCGAGGGUGCCCCUCUGCUCCGCCACACCCGCACCCACACCCACGCCCACGGGGAUGGCCUCGGCGGGGGACGCCUCCUCGGGCCCGCGGGAUGCGGCCGAUCAGAACUUCGACUACAUGUUCAAGCUGCUUCUGAUUGGGAACAGCAGCGUGGGCAAGACGUCCUUCUUGUUCCGCUACGCCGACGACGCCUUCACGCCCGCUUUCGUCAGCACCGUGGGCAUCGACUUCAAGGUCAAGACCGUGUACCGCCACGACAAGCGCAUCAAGUUGCAGAUCUGGGACACAGCAGGCCAGGAGCGUUACCGGACCAUCACCACAGCCUACUACCGCGGGGCCAUGGGCUUCCUGCUUAUGUAUGACGUGGCCAAUGAAGAGUCCUUUGCCGCCGUGCAGGACUGGGCCACGCAGAUCAAAACCUACUCAUGGGACAAUGCCCAGGUGAUCCUGGUCGGUAACAAGUGUGACCUGGAAGACGAGCGUGUGGUCCCCACCGAGGACGGCCAGAGGCUGGCAGAUGACCUGGGUGAGUGGAGCUUCCCCCCAGCGCUGGGGGAUCCUCCCAUGCGGUGUCAGGGUCCCAGUCUAGUUUGA